GGUGUGAUGAUGAUGGUGGAUGCAGGGAGAGGCAGUCCAGGACUGGCGUGAAAUCGUGACCUACUUCUCAUACCCAAUUCGGGCUCGUGACUACUCAAGGUGGCCAGACAAGCCCGAGGGAUGGAGGGCAGUGACCCAAACCUACAGCGAUAAGCUCAUGGGGCUGGCCUGCAAGCUCCUGGAGGUGCUGUCUGAGGCCAUGGGACUCGAAAAGGAAGCCCUGACCAAGGCCUGUGUCGACAUGGACCAAAAGGUUGUGGUCAACUUCUACCCCAAGUGCCCACAGCCCGACCUCACCCUUGGCCUCAAGCGUCACACCGACCCUGGCACCAUCACCCUCCUCCUCCAGGACCAGGUGGGAGGCCUCCAGGCCACAAGGGAUGGCGGCAAGACUUGGAUCACUGUUCAGCCCGUUGAAGGUGCCUUCGUUGUUAACCUCGGUGACCAUGGCCACUACCUAAGCAAUGGGAGGUUCAAGAACGCUGAUCACCAGGCAGUGGUGAACUCCAACUACAGCAGGCUAUCGAUUGCCACAUUCCAGAACCCAGCCCCUGAGGCGAUCGUGUACCCAUUGAAGGUCAGAGAGGGGGAGAAGGCCGUGUUGGAGGAACCCAUCACUUUUGCAGAGAUGUACCGAAGGAAGAUGAGCAAGGAUCUGGAGCUGGCCAGGCUUAAGAAGUUGGCCAAGGAGCAGCAAUUGCAGGAACUAGAGGAGGCCAAGCUGGAGAGCAAAACCAUGGACCAGAUUUUUGCCUAGAUUUUUUUACUACCAUGGUGUAAUGGCCCAAUCUCUCCCCCCGCCCUUUUCCUUUUCUUGCUUUAUGUGGGCUCUUCACUUAUUUUCUACUGGGGUUUCUGAUUGGGCGAUCGCUUCAUCGUAAGAUAAAUAAAGGCAAAAAUGUCAUUUGCAAUGUAAA